CUUCCGUUUCUUCAGAGGGUCUUUUCUGUUGGUUUGUUCGUUGUUCCCUUACCRUAACUACCACAACUUUUACACCGACGCAUCGAUUUGAUUCAUUAUUUCUGCCCCAAAGUGCCAAGUGACACACACAUACAUCAAUCCUUCGCACACACGCAACAAGAGGAUUCAACAGCCAUUAUUAAUAGCAGCGAAGACUUUUUGUUGUAGGCAAGUGUCAAUCUAAUCUCUCUGCAAUAAACAGUGAACUGGGAUCUAUACAGCACWAGUGUGUCUCAACAAUCGAGACCAACGGAUGCGAUCGGUGUUGGUGCUGCCCUUUCUCUGCUUGAUUUCUUUCCCCUCCAAUUCUAAUCCUCCUCCGCCUCUUCUCGUCCUUUSAAAUAAAUUGUGUCGCACCGCACCGCAUCGCAACACAGAACGAAGUAGUGAAACCAACAAACGAAACAAAAGCGCUUUCUUACAUCACAACUCACACGGGUCUCCACCUACCGGUUUAAAUUUCUWAAGUCUACCUAGACGGCACCGACGACGACACAGAGAUGACGGACACUCCCGAUCCUUCCUCGUCUUCGGAUGCGAACGCGAAAAGCUCGGGUCCACCCCUCUCGCAAUCGCUCUACUUCAUCGAACACCUCUUCCCGAGCAAGCUCUGGAGGAUCCUGGAUGACGCCGACCGAUGUGGCUAUAGCGACAUCAUUAGCUGGGUGGACGAUGGACUGGCCUUUCAAAUCCGUGAGUUUUUUUUGGUUCUGAAUUCUGUUGAUGGAUUUUGCAUUGCAUCAAAUUGUUGGAUCAACAGCUCUUGUACCAAUCACUUCCUUCAUGCAACCAAGUGCAAGGACUAGCUGUCAUUAUUUUUCCUUCKCUAACUUCACAGCUUUCGUUCUUUGGUCCCUACACGGUGUGUAAAAUGAUGACAUGCCCCACAUGCCCACAGAUGAUCGAGAGAGCGUCAUCCCUAUCCUCGAAAARUACUUCAACAUGUCCAAGUACAAGAGUUUUCUUAGGCAGCUCCAGGCCUAUGGAUUCCAACGCUCCAUGCCGAAUCCAAAGGAUGACCCCAACCGRGAUUCCAAGCCCAAGAGGGACUGUUAUCGGGGGAAGUGGAGGCACAAGCUSUUUCGCCGAGACAAGAUGAACUUGUGCAACAAAAUGACCCGGGAUGGAAAGUCCAAGCAACAGGAAAGCGGAAAGGAUCGCAGCGGAAGCAGCAGCAAUAGCAGCAUCAGCAGCGACGGCAGUAGUGGAAGUGGUUCCUCCAAGCGUUUCCCACGCCCCUCGAAAAUUUCGUCGUCCACCGCCACCGACGACCGAAUCAAGGCGGCAGAGGCAGUAAUCAAGCAAGACCAGCAGAUACAAAACCAARGUCUGCUGCUCAAGAACCACCUGAUACACCACCAGCAUCAACCGUUGGGGGGUCCAUCCCCCGCGGCCUUCCACGAUGCCCGUUUCUCACAGCAACAAACAUACCUCCUCCCUCAAGGACGCGAGCCUUCUCCUUAUUCGGCUCACGCCCUUGGUGGAUUCUCUCAGGAAUCAUCGGUGCUGGCGCAGGUCAAGCAGCAGCAGAUACAGCAGCAGCAGGACGAGGAGCGCCAUCGGCAGCUCACACUCCAACUCAACCAAUUAAAGGAGSAACAGCUGCUGUCCUCCAUUUUGGCGGCGCGGACCGCGUCGRGGGCCAACCKCAACGCAUCCCCCGUGGYAGGCGGAGCGGCCGCUUCCRCCUCUUCCGAAAUCGCCCACACGGCCGCGGUAUCUGCCGCGUUGAACCCUCCCCCMUCAAUGCUCGGAGGGGUCAACUACAACGAAGCGAAGCGGAAAGCGCCCUCUUCGGAAUCCCCUGCGUCGUCGYUGCCUCCCUCGUCUSUCUCAAAAAUUCCYCUGGUCCACGACCCCGUAUCCGAAGCCGCCAGWGAACUCCGCCGGGCGGAGCUAGCCCUCCUCRAGCGACGGAAACGCUUCGUCGAGGCCCAGGAGCAAGCCAAGAAAGAUGCUCAGGCCAGGCUUCGGGAGGRUGAAGUCGAGGCGGCGACGAAGAGACUUAUCGAACAGUCGACGGCCACCACUGUCGCGGGUCUGUUGAAUAAUCAACACCACCGCCACCUAGUGGGAGCACCAACAACUGCGCACGGACAGUUUUCGACCACCGGGGCAUCUGGACAGGGCGAAAAACAGGCAAUAAACCUUCCAUCCCUGCUUCAGGAUCUCGACAAUGCAUUUCGAUCCUCCGGAGCCAUGCCAACCAACACUGCUAUCAAUUCUGGCAAUCGUACCAUUGCCAACAGCAAUGAUAGCUCCAACAACAAUUUCAAGAUCACGCCGGAAGAGCUACGCAGAAUCUCAGAAGAGUCAAUAUCAACGGGGAAAAUUCCAAUCGACCACCACAAUUACUUGGGACGCAAUGCUCCUGCGCCUGCUACGCUGGCGUCCUCCGAUAAGAAAGAAUUGUUGAUGUCUCAGCUGAYCGACAUCGAGCGAUUGUGGCUUAGAGAACAACAGCAAAAGCAAACGUUGACACACACAGAUCAGCAGCAGCAGUUCUUGCUCCGUAUGGCCUUGGAAGAGAGAGAACGACUAGAGCGUGAACGGGCGGUCUUGGGCAACGCUUCCAACGUUAGCAACGAUGCCGUCCGGGACGCAAUCCGCAACGCUGCACUCGGUCUCAUAACAGGUCACGGCAACAAUGACGGCGACAAAAACAACAGUAGUGGCAUCCACGGUCGGCAUUCGCCCCACGAUCUUCGUCAGGGAACAGUGACUGCUCCYGACUCACACCUCCAUGCUGCCGGAGUGGGAUUGGACGGAAGCAAGAACUCACGUAAGUCUGCUGGAACUGGCGCGGCGGCACUUCACACAGCGUCCACCGGGCUCUUGCCAGCAGAGGUAAUGGACGUCUUCGCUCAGACUGCUGCAGCGGCAAUUGCCAAAAAGAACGAGAGCACGAAUCUCGUUCCUUCCGUCUCGCUUCCUGCUUCUGCUCCCUCGACGCUGGUCACCGUCACUGCCCCCACGUCCCCAUCUAACCCCCCCUCUAUUCUUGCGGCAGCCGACAAGGCAAGCAUGGAAAAGUCGGGCAUUCUCUAUGGCGUUAGUGGUGCCAGUAACAUGCCUACGGCCAGCGAUUCAAGCGCGAAAACGAGACAGGGUGCCGCUGUUGCCAUCGUGGCGAAUCCGCAGAAACCAAUUGCCCCAAAACCAAGCUCGUCUGACGAAUUAGAAGCCGCACGGGCCCUGAUGCGCUUCCCCGGAAGCGUGUCCCAGUCCAAGGGCCCCCCCGUCAGGGGACACUGGGAAUUGGUCCGACCGGAAGUCCUGCGCGCCGACGGACCGUUAGCGAAGCAGCUUCCGGAGGCGGUAGUGAAGGCCGUGGGCUUGUCCUACGAGUCGUACAAACAACUGGCUAUGAACAUGUCUCCACCAAGGGUCAUGCAAAUCCCCGAUGCCUGGAACCCAAACAACGAACCGAUGUAUCUAGUGGUAGACCCGGUUAAUGCCUCGGCAGUAACCCAGAUCGUGAACAAAGAAUAACUGCCGCUUCUUUCCAAUCCAUUCCUUUUUUCAAUACAACACARAAAUUAGA